UCACGUUUUUUUAUUGAGAGAGUGGGAGGGAGAAAGGGGGAAUGGAGGAAGGAGAGGGAGUCUCAGACCCGUGGCUGGGAAUCGACAAGCUCUAUCACCUACUCAUGUCUUUCUUCCUCACUUUUCUCUUUUACGCCUUCGCUUCUCUCACACGAUACCGCCGUCACGCUAUUUCCAUCGGAUCACUCCUCUCCCUCUUCGCCGGCGCCGCCAAAGAGGCCGCCGAUCACCUCGGCUACUUCCGCUCUUCUGGGGCUUCUCUCAGGGACGCCCUUGCCAACAUCCUCGGCGUCUGCAUCGCUUCAUUCGCUCUCUCUCUCUUCCCAUUCUCGCUCCGAUCCCCUCCGCCUUCUCACACGCGCGCCCUUUCCCUUGUUUGAUCUCGUUCACAGGGUCUUCUCGGCUGUGUUCUUUGAGGUGAGUUUGACACAUUCAUGAUCACUUCUUUAAUGGAUAACAGAUUUAUGAGGUCAACUUUGUCCAUGGUUGUGAAAGGACAUGCUUGAAGUUGAGGUUGAAGAGAAAAGGACGAAUCCAAAACUUCGGCAAACCAGGAAGUCAUGAAAAUGAGAGGAAGAAGACGAACCACUAAGCUUGUAACCGAUUCCAGUAGACUAAGUGGAAUCGAUACCACAAUGCUAUGCAUGAAGAGCAUAAUCGAAUACGUGAUCUUGUAAUCGAUUCACGGUUUUUGGAAUCUAAUACAUGGUAUUGCAACCGAUUUCACUGUUUUUGGAAUUGAA